UAACAGUGCAAUUAACACAAAGUAUGGACUACGCUGCUCCUAGCUCCCGCCACUACGGCCCGACCCAAUACGAUAUGCCAGAGCCCGCGCAGCACCAUCACCAGCAGCCCUACCAGAAUGCGCCGCCUCAGCCAUGGACAGCACAGAUGGAGAUGCGGCCGAGAUCGCGAAACCACGAAGCUGCCCCUUACCCACAGCCGCCGUACCCAACUCCGAACUACUACCAGCAGCCUGUUGACCACCAGCAGCCUGUUGACCACCAGCAGCGCGAGUAUCACCACCACCAACACCUCCAACACCUCCAACAACAGGCCCAAUACUAUCAGACACAACAAACACCUUCACCCCAGCCAUCACAUCAAUUAUAUGAAUACGCUCCGCAACAACAGCCGCAGCAGCAAUACCUCGCACCUACAAACCCGUAUACUUCUUACACCAAGUCUGAGAAACCUCCAUCACCUGCCGCCCAGUACGCAGCCUACGGUGCGCCGCCACCAUACGAUGGCCCAUCACCAUCAUCAUCACGAGCAGUCUCUCGCAACACACAAGCACAGCACUCACCACAAAGUUCAUACACAGCAGCAGGAUUCGCAUCGCCCAGCCAGUCUAGCUUUCAAACACCCCCUUCAUCUGUUGUAUCGCCCGGUCAAUUAAGAAAAGCCAUCGUUAUCCCCGCCACCGAUGCCGCACUUGGCUCUCCCUUCCUCCGCGCCUAUGCGCCAGCUCUCUCAGGGCUCGGGAUCACCCGCGAAGAGUUUCUGGGAUUUAUCGACAAGCUCAACCGCGUAGCAGUGGCAUCACCUCCACUGCAGAUUCUCGGCCUAGUCGGCAACAUUGUGGGCAUGGUACCCAGCCAUACCGCCCAGAUUGUCGGCACUUCCGUAGAAGUCGCUGCCAAGAUCACCACCGGUGUCGUUUCCAAGGGUGCGACAGAGCUAUGUCUGCGAGACAUGAACAAGGAGCUUUUCGGUCCCCGCGGCCUCAAAGUGCAAGUCGCCCAAUUAAACGCCGUCGCUUCCAUCACCAAAAUGCCCAUCCUAACACCAGACGGCAAAGUCGACAAAAAGGCCCCGCUGAUGCGCCCAUUCGACGACGAUGAAGAAUGCGGUACCAUGUCCGCUCAAGAGCGACGCAUUCGCGCUUUGGAAGGAUAUAUUGAGCAUCUCGACAUUGAAAACCUGCCUGAGCUGGCGCAGGGCUCGAAUCCUCUGAGCAGAAUGCACGCUGCAGUCAGCGAGAGAAACCGCAAGCAGGGCGAGAAGAAGAUGAUGAAGGAUCGCGCCAAGGCGCAAAAGGGCUGGAAUAAGGAUGUGGAAAAGGCCAAUAAGAAAUAUGAAGAAAAGAUGCAGGAGCUUGAGAAGGAGGAGGAGCGAGCACAGAAUCGUAGAAGCGAUAAGAAGAGAGAUGAAGAUAUGCGAAAGGUCGAAAAGAAGCGCGAGAAGCUAGAGAAGGAGCAUGAUUCUAAGCUGGGUCGUGCGGAAAAGGAGCGUCUCAAGGAUGAUAAGGAGGAGAAGGGAUUCCGCAAGAUUCUCUUUUUAAUUGUCACGAAUCUUGACGGCAAGGUGGCUGCCUAGGAGAGCACCUCAUCUGUACAACAAUUGUAAAUAUUUAAUAGUAAAAUCAUCAUAGACA